AUGAGCCUCAAAAUCAUCCUGGUCUGCCUAGUUUUUGGAGCGGUGUACGCUCAACAUGAACCCAGAAAAUGCCAACAAGGUCUGCCGAUGUGCAAAUUCCUGCAAUGCCUUUCGACCGAGUAUGAGGGCACGGCCACCGACCAUGUCGCGACCCUUCUGCGCAACACCAGCUGCAACGGGGAGCUGCUGCUCCCCGAUUACGAGAAACUCUGGAACGGAUGGACCGACAACGACAACCGGGACCUAUUCAAGGCAUGUGGCUUUGAGGAGCCGAAAAAUUCGACGGAAUGCCGCCCUUACGUCACCGUAUACCAAUGCGCCAUCUCGGCCGGUGCAAAGAAAUAUGGAUGCGGCGUGCAAGAUGUCCCGUUCAUCGCUCGUCUCGUUCAACUUGAGAUUGCUGCCGACACUAUGGACAAUGUUGGCGAGCCGCAUCCCUGCUUGCUGACGCUCUGGGAAUUCUUGCAGAACCUUGCAAGCAACGUGCCA